AUAAAGGUAAUGCAGAACUGUAGAUUAAGAUGCCUUAUGGAGAAAUUGAAGCUAAUAGGAAGGAAUUAACAAGUGAACCAUGCUAUAAAAAAUUGAAGUUCAGUGAAGAAGGUUCUGUUUUUCCUGGUCAUGGUAGUGCUAAUUUUCACAGAAUCCAAGAGAAAACUGGAAAACCGGAUUUGGCCCCUGUGACCAUAACUGAUGUCAGAAGGCGUAGUUAUUCUCAAGUGGACAAAACUAAAACUAAAGAUUUGCUGAGGCCUGGUAAUAGAUUAAAUGUUACUGAAUCUAUUCAUUCACAAGUUUCAAAGGAUGGAAGGCCUCCUUUAGUAUCUAGAGAUGAUGAGAUAUAUAGCACAAGCAAAGCAUUUAUAGGACCCAUUUACAAACCUCCUGAGGAAAAAAAAUGUAAUGAAAAGAGGGAUCAAGAAGGCACUACCAAUAGCAAAAGAAAACGAGAACAAAAACAGUUUAACUUAAGAAAAUCAGAGAUUGAUAGUGAAUUAUCCCAAUUUUACAAAGAGAUUGAAGAGCUUGAAAAUGAAAAAGAUGAUUCUGAAGGUGAUUGUAAAGAACUUGGACCCUCUGAGCACCAUAAUAAUGAUCUCUUAAAAUCUGAUGAAGAAAAAAGAGGUAUCAGUAAUGAAUUUCAACCACAUUGUACUUACCAGCAGUGUGUGGAGAAUGAACCUGAAAGACAUCCUUCUAAUGGACAAGUAAUACCUUCAGUUUGUGAUGUUUCAUUUCCUCCCUUUAGACCUGAAUGGCCACCGGUAUCUCCUUUUUUAGUAACCCGUGGUCCUCCUCUUCCUAGUUUUAACUAUUUAAAUAUUCAGAGACUCAGUGCUCCACCAAACCUGCUGUCAAAUAUCUACUAUGCCCGAGAUGGCUCUCAGAUGCGAAAUGGGUAUUAUGAAAACAGCUGUCAUGUUAAUUGGAACCAUUUGACGUUUGACCGGAACAAAGAAUAUAUAGACUAUGUUGAAAAUACCUCUUGUAGAAAUGACUAUGAUGUGCAAGAUGGAUAUGGUGGUUUCUGUGAAACCAGUGGGGGAGGACACUGGAAAGAUACUUCUAUUGACGAGCAUAAUAGAACAGACAGGUUUCUAAACCAGUUUCAAGAGGAAAAGUUGAAUAAAUUGCAAAAGUUGCUCAUACUUUUAAGAGGCUUGCCUGGUUCUGGGAAAACAACUUUGUCUCGAAUUCUGCUUGGUCAGAGUCGUGAUGGCAUUGUGUUCAGCACUGAUGACUAUUUUCACCAUCAAGAUGGGUACAGGUAUAAUGUUAAUCAACUUGGUGAUGCCCAUGACUGGAACCAGAACAGAGCAAAACAAGCCAUCAAUCAGGGGAGAUCGCCAGUUAUAAUAGACAACACUAAUACACAAGCUUGGGAAAUGAAACCGUAUGUGGAAAUGGCCAUAGGAAAAGGAUACAGAGUCGAGUUUCAUGAACCUGAAACUUGGUGGAAAUUUGAUCCUGAGGAGUUAGAAAAGAGGAAUAAACAUGGUGUGUCUCGAGAGAAGAUUGCUCAGAUGUUGAAUCAUUAUGAAUAUGAAAUGUCCAUCUCCAUUGUAAUGAAUUCAGUGGAGCCACCACACAAAAGCACACAAAGACCUUCUCCUUCACAGGAGAGACAGAGGAAUCACUACUGUCUGGCCUUGGAAGACCUCUGUGUGGUGCCAAGGAUUGAACUAAGGUCAGCCACAUGCAAGUAAAGCACCCUGUCUACUAUCACUCUGAACCUCAUUUGAUUUGUGUAAUUAUAAAUUAUUUAUUAAGUUUAU